GGAUAACAGUGACUGCGCGUUUGAGGGUUAUCUAUCAUUGACGGAUGGGUACAAAUUUAUUCGAUAAAAAUCAACAUGUAUACAAAAUGGUGGGCUGCAACGAUCAUUUCGUGACCCAGAGUAUAUUUAUGUUAAUAUAACGACUCUAACGACAAAUUUAAUCCAGAUAAGAUCACUGUCAGAGAUGUCCAUUCUGGAUGUUUGGGUCCGCCAAGUUGAUACUUAACAGGAGAAGGCAGUUGAUACCAUUGAUCUGAUAGCACCUGCUAUAUCAGUGGUUUUACAAGAUAUUUUUGUGCAAAACACGAGAGACUGGAUUCGGUUCAUGAACAGAGAUAAAAUAAAUGAAGUGUGUGAAUGAAAACUUUCUUUGACUGCAAGGACUAAAGAAAUGCACACAAGUGACAUAGAUUUAAAUGUUUGGUACAAAAAGUAGACGUUUAGAACUUAAAAUUAUGACACAGGAUGUAAAACAACACUUCAUAGCCAAUAACAGUCGAACAAGAGAUUUUUAAAAAAGAAGCAACUCUCGAACUCGUUCUUUUCUCUAUCCCGGAGCGAGGGAAUAAUUAACAAUACUGAACGGAGCCACCCCUGUAGAAUAUUUUUUCUAUUUUCAUUUUCUACUUUUAAACCCCAAACAUUUACAGGGAGAAGGGCUUCGUGCAGUUUGUUUCUAUGUUGUUUUAAUAACCAGCCGUUGCAUAUUAUCUAUUUAUUGUUCCUCCUGGUUAAAAAAAUCCUUGGCAAGCCCAACUCAUAUUGUAACACCACAGGAUGAAAUCUGAUGCUGGGACUGGUUACAUUCUCCAUCCUGGUUUGCCUGGUCACACAGCGACAUUAACUUUAUUGAGCUGAUGUUGAGAAUCCGUCAGCUUGAGACUCAUGUGAAGGUGCUUCAGAAAGCCAGCAAAGAAGAGAACCCUGUAGCUCCACCUAUGCCCCGCAUGACUAUGAAGAGGAAAAAGAAGUUUCGUCCCAGUGACUUCCACAAGUACACCAUGUAGCCCUGACGAUCAUGUACCUCGGCCAUGACUACACAGGAUAUGCUGGCACAGAGGAAGUGGAACACACUAAGUGAACUGUUCGAGGCCCUUAUAAAGUGUCAAGCUUAUUGAGUCCAAGGUGUCUCUCUUGAUGUACGCGGCAACUUGCUGUCGGGGGUCGGGGUGAAGGUGAGAGAAGGGAUGACAGCGCAUGAAAGACCUGGUUCAGCUGCAGGAGAAGAACGUACAAGUAUUUCUUCCCUAAAGGAGACCUUAAUAUACUGCUCAUGGAAGAAGCUGGCAAAAAAUUGAUUGGCGAAUAUGACUUCUGCAACUUCUGCAAAUUCAAUGUUAAAGAUGGCAUUACAAACUAUGUUCGAAAAAUCAUGGAGGUUGAAGUCAAGACUCUAGAUGAGACCGAUGACGGAUUCACAAUGUGCGAACUCACGAUCGUCUGGAGGGCAUUCCUGUGGCAUCAGAUUCGCAGCAUCUUCUAUGUGCUGGUCCUUGUUGGCAAAGGGAAAGAAUCGGUUGAAAUGGUUGAUGAACUUCUGAACAUUGAGAAAAAUCCGCUAAGCCGCAAUAUAACAUGUCAUCUGACGCGCCUUUGUGCUUGUAUGACGCUGACUUUGGAGGAGAAUUUGAGUGGAUUUACGAAGCUGAAUGCCAUGAAGACAACCUCACCUCCCUCCAGCAGCUUUGGGCUGAGCAUUCCAUCAAAGCAACAAUGGUGAAGAGCAUGCUGAAUGACCUCGAGAAAGCUAAAGUGGAAACAGACUGUGACCUUGCGCCCUGGUGUGAUCUGAGUCCCCCUUUACUGAUGCAGACUGAAUGGCUCGUAGAAGACAGGAAUCCUAAGGUGCUGAUGGAGAGACAGGGAGGCUUGACCCUUGACGAGAUGAUAGCAUCACACGAGUCGAGAAAACAGCGAUGGAGAGAAAAUGCUGAAAUUGAAGCGCAGGACGAUAGCAGUGAAGAGGACAUGACGUCACGGAAACGUCAACGGCUUGAAAUUGAUAAGCCUAGCCACAUAGAUGAUAAGCCAUUUGGAACAUUAGAUAAACCCAAGUCCGGAGAGAAUAAGGAUCCUCACAUAAUUUAUGGAGAAAACAAUAAAGAAGAUGAUGACACUGUAAGGGACAUUGAUGGAGAAACUACUAGUAUGAAGGCUGAUAAAGAUAUUUGCGAUUCUAAAACCUCUCUUAAAGAUAAUGGGGAGGAAAACUUGGAGACAUCAGAGAAUGGUAUGAAAGGAGGAGAGAAAGUGGGAAGAAGUACACAAGAAGAGAUUGGGGAAAGCUCAGUUAUAAGUCAAACUGGGGAAUGAGUCAUUUCCUUUGAUAAUUGUCAUGAGAAAUUCUCAGUCCAAUGAUUAAUUUGAAAAAUAAGACGUUAAUCAGGAUUUUGUUGUAGAAUACACUGAAAUUUAUUUGCAAGGAUUAAUGCUAUUGAGAAUUUUGAAACAUGGAUAUAAUGGAAUCGUGUUGAAAUACAAACUGAUUAAGAAAAGUUAUUUCAUUUUUAAAUUUACUGUACAUCAGGUAACGAUACUGACCAAUUUGACUAUCAAUUUGACGGAGAAUAUCUCACGACAAACACAGAGGUUAAUAAUGACACAUAUUACUCGAUGAUUUAUACUGCAAUAAGACAUGGACUCAAGCUGCUCAAGGUAAAGGAAAGGCAAAGUGUUAGAGAAGAACCUGGAUGAAGACUUUUACCAGUUGUAUGGUAGAAUGGUGAUAUUUGGUGAUCAUUACUCCAAUGUCAAGGCAAGUUGUUGGAAUUAGAGAGGAGAGCGUAGUGGAGAAGGUCAAGGUUAAUGGUGUUUAUGACACUGAGGUCAAUGUAUAGAGAAAGGGACAUUGAAAAGGUCAUGGCCUUAGAUGAAAAACAAGGUCAAUGUUGUUCAUCACUCUAAGGUCAAGGUCUGUUAUUCAAGUCAGAGUGGAGAGAAGGUCAUGGCUUCAGAGAAAAAAAACAAGAUCAAGGGUUUUCAUUACGCUUAAGGUCAAGGCCAGAAUUUCAUGUUAGAGAGGAGAGAAUAGUUGAAAAGGUCAAGGCUGUGGAAAAAAGAAACCAAACAAACAAGGUUUUUAUCAGUGUAGUCAUAUAUAAUGGGUGCUAUAUGUUUGAGGUUCAUUACCCUAUGUGUGUACGGUCAAGGCCAGUAGUUUGCUUUUAACCAUGUGAGUCACUGCAGUUGGACCAAAAUCAAAUGAAUUGAACUGAUAUUCAUCAUUAAUCUGUCACAUAGAAUUGAGUAAAGCAUGUUUACCUUGUUUUCUUGUACUCUAGAUAUAUGGAGUUAUUGAGCGUAUGUCAGGCUUUUUUGUGUUUGUGGUAAUUUUGACCACUAUUUUGGUUAAGUACUUUCUGUGUGUAUUGGUUGCUGUUGAUUGCCUUAUUCUAGAGAAGCACUCUUUUUCAGAUUUGUUAGUUCUGGUCAAUUUUACAAGGCCAUUAUUUAAUUUAUUCGAAAAGCACUGAUAAAUUGUUUUAUAUUUGUGGUCUGCUGUUGCAUGAAAACUAAACCCUCCCAAAAUGCAACAUCAUUGAGGGUUACUUGCAGAAAAAGAAAUAAAUCCGUUUGGUCUGCUGGAACUUACAACAGCCGUGCUGGAGGUCUUCAAUAUGUUUUUUUUUAUCAUGAUCAUGAACUUUGUAAUUUAUUUUUUUUGAAAAUUAAUAUGUAAAAUGUGUGUUUUACAUAUUGUCUUCUGUUUUAUUGGUUUGUUAACUAAAUUUAUAUUUUAUGGUAUGUUGCCAUGGUAAUGGGAUCAUUGUUUACAUUUUAUACUUCCAUUGUUGUUGAAAAAGCAUUAGAAUAUAUGAAUAUUUAUAUUUAUACUCCUGCAAACAAAGUUUGAAGUCUGCAUAGGGUUGGUCUGUUGGGCGGAUAGUCAGUUGGCUAAAUGCUGUAUAGCGAUAUUCUCCAACAGUUUAAGAGAUAAUACUCUGAUACUAUGUACACAUUCCCACCUUGAUGGGUAAUAUUGCCUGAAGUAUUUUUAUUGACCUGUGGCCACCACGACUUACACGUACAGUAACAUGCCCUAGAGUAGGAUUUUUACACAUUAGGCUACUUGAAUAUUGAGGUUUGUGGAGCGAACAACUCCCACAGUUUCAGAGGUAUUUCUCUGGCCCAAUUUUCUGGAAACUUCAUAAGUCCCUUUAAACAGGAUUAAGUUAAGCUGACUAUUUGUUGUUUUUCAAUAAUUUGCGAAAUAUUUUCUUGUUUUUUUUUACUUUAGACAGGAAUUAUCUUUAUGAUAGCAUGGACCCGUAGUAGGUACGUGAUGAUAAUAUUAAUGUUCAAAACAUAAACUCAUGUGCCACCCCUAUCAAAGAUUCAGACCUAUACCAUGUUUGAGAGUUACAUUAACUCCCAUAUUGGAAUAGAAACAGUAGGCGGGGCUAAACAGUUCAGUAUCUAAUAUAUGGAUAAAUAACAAUGAUAUUCACUUAUGUAGUAUCUUAGUUAUUGAAUGUUGCCUUGACAACAUGGUACCCACUUACCUCGUAUUUUGAGUACUUUUGAAAUUAUUUCAAUAGUAAUACACAGUUGUGGAUGCCAGAACUAUAACUUAAUACAGUUUUACAUAACAUAGGAACCUUUUACACAUGUAUACAGGCUGAACAUUACUUUCUCAUUAAACAAAAGUGCGAAGUUCAUUUAUCUCUGUUUAAUUACAGAGUGAUGUUGUUAUUUAGGUUAUCGUUAUUUAGUGUGUUGUGAGAGUCAUGUAUGAUGUCUGAUCUGAGACCUUACUCCGAUCCUUUCUAUGAAAUGGUGUUCUAUCUUGGUAUAUAGAGAAUUUUACUAUCAAGAUAUUUUUGAAAUAGUCAUUUUCGAAGAGCUAUUCUGUAUAUCUUGUUGAGAGAAUUUAUCUCUCAAGAUAUUACUUUCAAAAUAGUAAGAGCUAUCUGCACUUCAGUUUAAGCUUUAUUAAGGAGUCUAAUACCAUUGAUGCACGUUCUUUUGUCAUAAAGUAAUUGAUAAAGUAUGUCAAUGGGCUUGUUAGAUUUAAAUUGGCGCUUGUUAAAUUGAUAAAAAAAUAUUGGAAAAAAUUAUGGGGAUAAAAGGUAUAACGCAAGGGUUAUUGGUGGCAAAACAAAACAUUAAUUUUUUCUCUGGUUUCAGAUAUCGAAAGGAAAUUAAAUUAAAAUAUAUUAAGGAUAAAAGGUAUAACGCAAGGGUUAUUGGUGGCAAAACAAAACAUUAAUUUUUUUUCUCUGGUUUCAGAUAUCGAAAGGAAAUUAAAUUAAAAUAUAUUAAGUAAGAUGAAAUAAUUCCCAUGAUGAAAUAUUUCUUUUAAGAAAAAUCGGACGAAUGUCACGUAACCGUCGUUACGUAUCAACUUUUAAGUGUCACGUAACAUAAAAGUUACGUAUGAAACACUUUAAAGUAAUAACAAAAAUCAAUAAUAGAAUUCAAAGUUUAUUUGUAUCAAAAAGUAAAUACUUCAUCAUGGUGAUCAAAUGUAGAUUCACUUAGAUGCUGACAGUUCGUGAUAGCCGCUGGCUAUUAGACCAAUUAGCGUGACAGUUCAUGACUGUAGAAUACAUCUUUUUGUACAUAACAAGAAAUUAGAUAUGCAUACCUGUCACAAACUAGACGAGAUCAGCAGUAUAUAUGAACGCAUGUUACUCAUUUAGUGAAGGUUAGGUUUUGGGCAUGGACUGGACAUAUGGCCCGUAUGAUACUUUAUUAUAUACUGAUUAUUAUACUUAGAAAGAACGGUGAACAAUAAAGACUUAGAACACUUGAACAGUUGUUGGUUGGUUACUGAACGAACUAUCACGAAAGUUAAGUGAGCGUUGGCGUUACGCGACAAGAAAACAAGUAAAAUAAAUUACAUUCUUAAGCUUUCACUGUGUAGAAAAAUGGACGAAUGCAAAUCAAAAAGUUCUGUUUGAAUUACUUACCAACGGUUUAGUUUUUAAUUUUUAAAUGUUUUUUUUUAGUUCGUAAUAUGACAGAUGUCAUAGAUUGUAUUAAUAUACAUGGAAUAAAUUGUUUCAGUUUCUGUUUUUCACUACAUACUUGACAAAGUAUUUAGAUUUUACCCACUUUUUAUCACUGUUUUUCGCUUGUGUAUUUAUCUAUCUUAGUAUAUUAUUUACAGUAAAAAUUUUUUUAUCGUCUUGCUUGGUCAAAGGGUACAUCUGAAUGUAGAUAUUUUGUGUUGUGGACAUGUUGCUAAUGUUGAAUGUUGCCAUGGAGGUCUUCGUCAUUCCAAAUAUACAUUUUCAGAUCACGUAGUAUUAACAUGUUAUGUAUACAUUAAUUAAGGUACUCAGCAUGACACGGUCUCGCAGUAUUCAAGUUCAGGUAAGCCAUCCAUCAGAUAAAAAGAAAUGAUAUAAAUUAGGCUCGGUAUGUAGGAAUUACUCUUUUUUUCUCUUUUUAAUUUUUGAGAACCAGGUUUUUGUACCUAACUGACCUAUAUCAGGGUAUUCACUAUUGUAGAAAAUUUUAGAAAAACAUUAUCCAAAUUUUAAGAUGUUGACUCAGAAAAUGCACAUUAUAAGGAAUUUACCAAAAAAACAUUAUCGUCAAAUAAAUGUAGACUUGGGAGGAAGAUAUAGAGAUGGUUGCGUUUGUGGAAACAAACAUUAUUAGAAUAAAUUAAGCCUCAAAAGUAAGACUUGUUUAUAAAUUAACAUCGAGAUAACUUCUUUUUAAAUUUAUAUUGAUGAACCAUUAUAUUAUUUUUGAUGGAUUGCAUUUUUGAAUACCAACAUAAUAAUGCCAAAUGAUAAAGUAUAAUAAAAGGAGAUAUCAUAAGAAAACAUUAAAAUGAGACAACAAAGCAAUUUUAUUAAUUAGUUUCUGAAAUAUUAUAAUGUUUACACAAAUGUUUAUACAAAAAGUUUUCGAUGAAAACAUAAAAUUUCUUUAACUUAACAUUUUGUAAGUUUAAACUACAUGUAACCUUUUGUUGCAUUUAUGUUGGAUGGAUUACCUUAAUGAACUUUGUAUGUAACAUCUUGUUGAUUACUGAAUCUAUAUUAUACGUUUUGAAACAGAUUAUAAGGUAACAUGUGCCAAACAUCACAGAUAUACUUGUAUGCAUCAUACUUUUGCUUCAAGAAAUCAUUAAAUUCAAACAUUGCGGAAUGUUGUUACAAUUUAUAAAAUUCAGCAAUUUACACUUUUCCAAAAAGUUCAACCUUAUGUCAUGGACAAAGGUUGACCGGCUUAGUGUUUGAGAUUAUAUUUUGUCUAUUCGCCAAGCCGCUGGUUAAACCUACUGAUUCACAUGAUUUAAAUCAAUAAUAAUCAAACUAAAUGUAUGGCAGAUUUGAGGAAUAAUAUCAUCCCAUUGGACAAAAUAUAAUUUCAAACACUAAUUGUUUAUUGUUACUUUAACAUCAGUUAUAAAUAGAUAUUAUAUGCUGUGCGAUGUGAAACUUACGGUAUUUACUCAAUGUGCUUUUUUUAGAGAGGUACUUUUAUAUGAUGUUUUAGAUAUUUGUAGAAGUAUUUUAUGGAUAAAAAUUAACUGACAGAAUUGUUGUUUGAGAUUUUUCAGAAAUUACCAUAUUCAAUUAUUGGUAUUUAUAGUCUAGUCAUAUAGUUUACUGUCUGUAUUGUUUGAUUGUUGGAUAUGGUGUUAUGUACAUAUUUACAUGUUUUAAUAUUUUAAAAAGAUUGUCAAACAGAAAAGCAAAGUUAUUUAGUAGAAAUGUUACAGUUUCAAUAAGAUGUUUAAAAUAUAUAAGUCUGGUGAAGUGUGUUUUUUACAGAGUUUUAAAAUUUAUCCUAGCACUGUUAACUGUAUUGAUUGAUAUUUUUAGGAUUUAAAACAUUCUGGUCCGUUUCCUUGGAUACGUCUUGUGUUUGUCAGUAACCGAUUUGAUAUUGAAUAAAACAUCAAAAUAUU